AGUAAAGUGCCAGUCGGCGGCAGGUGUCAGCCACUGCUGCCCGCUGGUGAAGGAGUGAUGGCGCACCGUAACAAAACCUCCGCAGCCGCCGUGCAAGUAUUUCGAGGAACUUUGAUGCACGCAACCGCCGAAGAAGCCGUGCAGGUCCUGGAAGAUGCGCUGCUUGGCGUCAACGCCGAGGGGAAGAUUGCCUUCAUCGGGGAAGGCAAGGAUCUGUUUGAUCUGUCAGAAACAUUUGGAUUCAGCACAGCUGCUGUCAGCCAACUGGAACAACAUGAAUUCUUCAUGCCAGGGAUGGUGGACACUCACAUCCAUGCACCGCAGUACAGCUACGCCGGCACGGCCCUCGACCUGCCGCUGCUCGACUGGCUCAACAAAUACACUUUCCCCGUUGAGUCACGGUUUGAAGAUUUGACUUUUGCCCAGAAAGUCUACACUCAAGUCGUGAGGAGAACUCUGAGGAACGGAAGCACCACCGCUUGUUACUUUGCUACCAUCCACACCGACGCCUCUCUCCUCCUGGGACACAUCGCCAACGACUUGGGACAGCGAGCCCUGGUGGGUAAAGUGUGCAUGGACCAGAACAAUUGUGUGAAACAUUACAAAGAGAGCCUUCAGGAGUCCCUGGAGGAAACACGACGGUUCAUUUCGCAGCUCUUGGCCAAGAAGUACACUCUCGUCAAGCCAGUGGUGACUCCUCGCUUUGUCCCGUCGUGCUCUGGGGCCUUGAUGGGACAGCUGGGACAGCUUGCCAAGACUAACAACCUGCAUAUUCAGAGUCAUAUUAGUGAAAAUAUUGAGGAGGUGAAGAUUGUGAAGGAGGGCUUCCCUGAUUAUGAUUCCUACACCGAUGUCUACCACAAACACAACCUGCUUACCAACAAGACCGUGAUGGCGCAUGGUUGUCAUCUCAGUGAUGAAGAGUUGUCUUUGUUCCGAGAAACCGGAGCCUCCUUGUCGCACUGUCCCAACUCCAACAUCUCGUUGUGCAGUGGGAUGCUCGAUGUACGUAAAGUCCUGAAGCACAAAGUGAAGCUGGGCCUGGGAACAGACGUGGCGGGUGGCUACUCUGCCUCCAUGCUGGAUGCUGUGAGGAGAGCCAUAGACACGUCUAAAAUCUUGACCGUCCAGGACCCACACUAUGAGACGCUCACCUUUGAGGAGGUGUUCAGACUGGCUACACUCGGAGGCAGCCAAGCGUUGUCUCUUGAUGACCAAAUUGGAAAUUUUGAGGUGGGCAAAGACUUUGACGCACUGAGAGUGAAUGUAGCAGUUCCUGGUGGGCCCAUUGACUUGAUGCAGUCUGAGAAGCCUGAGAUUUAUCUGGAAAAGUUCUUGAAUUUAGGUGACGACCGCAACAUAGUAGAAGUUUAUGUGGCUGGAAGGAAAGUGGUGCCGUUGCCCGAGUAGAUCCAAUGCCUGGAAGAUCCAUGGCAUUCCUGGAAAUGUUGCUUGAAUUGCAUUUGUUCUGAAAUUAGUCAUAUUGUAUAACAUUCGAGUCACAAUGCUUGAAAUGAGUCAUAUUGUAAAAAAAUUUAGUCACAAUGAGGCUGUCGGGUAUUAUCGCAAUUGUGAGACAUUUCUCUCAAUUGCAGACUCUGUGUACUGUAACUGUAAGGACCGUUCUGGUAACAGCCGCGUUUGUUUCUUCUAUCUGGUGCACUUGAAAUACUGUCACUGUUUGGUUUCAGAUUUCAAAGGCACAUUGUUUUAUUUUAAAUCUCAACUCAAAUCAAAACUGUUGCCAUGUGUGAUGGGGGUACCAUCAAAAUCCAAAUACUUGAUGGUGUGUAAUUACCAGAAGCUGUGGAAAUUCCAUGAAGAGAUUUCCAGUUAAUGUUAGGAAAUAAAAUCUAUUUUACGAAA